AAAUGCCUACACGUUUUACGUGGCAUCGCAUAGGUACUGCCCAGCCAAGAUGGCUGACAGCAUCCCGUUAAAUCCGGUGCGGAAGAACUCGAAGAGAAUCCCGUAUUAUAACUCAGCCAGGCUUUCAAGAUACUCUUUAGAAGAUGAGCCCUCUAACUUGGAUGAAAUGCCCCUGAUGAUGUCGGAGGAAGGCUUUGAGAAUGACGAGAGCGACUACCAGACUCUACCCCGGGCCAGAGUCAAUCAGAGACAGAGUGGCCUCGCCUGGUUCCUCCUGGGAGGAUGGAAAGUCCUGUGUGGGAGCUGCUGUGACUGUCUGGCUCAUAUAUGUCGGAGGAAGAAGGAGCUGAAGGCCAGGACAGUUUGGCUCGGCUGCCCUGAGAAGUGUGAAGAGAAGUACCCCAAAAAUGCCAUCAAAAACCAGAAAUACAACAUCAUCACCUUUGUGCCUGGGGUUCUCUACCAGCAGUUCAAGUUCUUCCUCAAUCUUUAUUUUCUAGUGGUGGCCUGCUCGCAGUUUGUGCCAUCACUGAAAAUUGGAUACUUGUACACAUAUUGGGCACCUCUGGGUUUUGUGCUAGCUGUCACAAUGGUGCGGGAGGCUGUGGACGAAGUGAGACGUUAUCAGCGGGACAAAGAGAUGAACUCUCAACUCUACAGCAAACUGACAGUGAGAGGUAAAAUUCAAGUGAAAAGUUCAGACAUACAAGUUGGAGACCUGAUCAUCGUGGAGAAGAACCAAAGGAUUCCUGCAGAUAUGAUUUUCCUGAGGACGUCUGAAAAAACUGGUUCAUGUUUUAUCAGAACAGAUCAGCUGGAUGGAGAAACAGACUGGAAACUGAAAGUUGCUGUUGGCUGCACACAACGGCUGCCAGCAGUAGGGGAUCUCUUCUCUAUCAGCGCCUACGUCUACGCCCAGAAGCCUCAGCUGGACAUCCACAGUUUCGAGGGGAAUUUCACGAGGGAAGACACGGACCCACAGAUCCAUGAGAGUCUGAGCAUUGAAAACACUCUUUGGGCCAGCACCGUAGUUGCCUCUGGCACGGUGAUAGGGGUGGUGAUCUACACAGGCAAAGAGACCAGAAGCGUACUGAACACGUCCUAUGCCAAGAACAAGUUUGGCCUGCUGGACCUGGAGCUGAACCGUCUCACCAAAGCCCUGUUCCUGGCCCAGGUGGUUCUCUCUGUGGUGAUGGUUGCACUGCAAGGGUUUGUGGGUCCUUGGUUCCGCAAUCUCUUCCGAUUUGUUGUCCUUUUCUCCUACAUCAUCCCCAUCAGUUUGCGUGUAAACCUGGACAUGGGAAAGUCGGCCUACGGUUGGAUGAUAACGAAAGACGAAAACAUCCCCGGCACUGUUGUGAGGACCAGCACCAUCCCCGAAGAACUGGGCCGGCUUGUCUAUCUGCUGACAGACAAGACAGGCACUCUGACACAAAACGAAAUGAUAUUCAAGCGACUCCACCUGGGAACAGUAUCCUAUGGCACAGACACCAUGGAUGAGAUCCAAAGCCAUAUAGUCCAGUCAUACGCACAGGCAACUUCCCAGCCAUCCAGUGGUAGUGCCACUGGUGCCACGCCAUCGCGGAAGACCCAGGCAUCGGGCCCGAAGGUUCGUAAGAGCGUUAGCAGCCGCAUCCACGAGGCCGUGAAAGCCAUCGCCCUGUGCCACAACGUCACACCGGUGUACGAGUCGCAUGCCGGCGUAAACGGGGAGACUGAAUCUGCAGAAGCUGACCAGGACUUCAGUGAUGACAACCGCACGUAUCAAGCCUCCAGCCCAGAUGAGGUGGCGCUGGUGCGGUGGACAGAAAGCGUUGGUUUGACCCUGGUGAACAGAGACCUGACCUCCCUGCAGCUGAAGACUCCCUCUGGACAGAUUCUCUCCUUUUACAUCCUGCAGAUCUUCCCCUUCACCUCUGAGAGCAAAAGGAUGGGCAUCAUUGUUCGGGAGGAGUCAACGGGGGAUAUCACUUUCUACAUGAAGGGUGCUGAUGUUGCCAUGGCGAGCAUCGUCCAGUAUAAUGACUGGUUGGAAGAAGAGUGUGGGAACAUGGCCAGAGAGGGCCUGAGGACUCUGGUGGUGGCGAAGAAAUGUUUAUCUGAGGAGCAGUAUCAGGACUUUGAGAAUCGCUACAAUCAAGCAAAGCUGAGUAUCCACGAUCGAACCCUGAAGGUUGCAGCAGUGGUGGAGAGUCUCGAGCGAGAGAUGGAGCUUCUGUGUCUGACUGGUGUGGAAGACCAGCUACAAGCAGACGUCAGGCCCACGCUGGAGCUGCUUAGAAAUGCUGGCAUCAAGAUCUGGAUGCUGACUGGGGACAAGCUUGAGACGGCUACGUGCAUCGCUAAAAGCUCUCAUUUGGUUUCCAGGAACCAAGACAUCCACGUCUUCAGACCGGUCUCAAACAGAGGAGAGGCCCAUCUGGAGCUGAACGCCUUCAGAAGGAAACAUGACUGUGCUCUGGUCAUCUCAGGAGACUCCUUAGAGGUGUGUCUGCGGUACUAUGAGCACGAGUUUGUGGAGCUGGCAUGUCAGUGUCCGGCAGUGGUCUGCUGUCGCUGCUCUCCAACUCAGAAAGCUCAGAUCGUCAGACUCCUCCAACAGCACACAGCCAACAGAACCUGCGCCAUAGGUGACGGAGGAAAUGAUGUCAGUAUGAUCCAGGCUGCAGACUGUGGCAUCGGGAUUGAAGGAAAGGAAGGGAAGCAGGCGUCGCUGGCUGCAGACUUCUCCAUCACUCAGUUUAAGCACAUUGGCCGCCUGCUCAUGGUUCACGGCAGGAACAGCUACAAGCGUUCUGCAGCGCUUGGCCAGUUCGUCAUGCACAGGGGCAUGAUCAUCUCCACCAUGCAGGCCGUCUUCUCCUCCAUCUUCUACUUUGCCUCUGUGCCUCUGUACCAGGGUUUCCUCAUGGUCGGUUAUGCGACUAUCUACACCAUGUUUCCUGUAUUCUCCCUGGUCCUGGACCAAGAUGUGAAGCCAGAGAUGGCCCUGCUCUACCCAGAGCUUUAUAAGGACCUCACUAAGGGACGUUCAUUAUCUUUCAAGACUUUCCUCAUUUGGGUUUUGAUCAGUGUCUAUCAAGGGGGCAUCCUCAUGUACGGCGCGCUGGUGCUGUUCGAGUCGGAGUUCGUUCACGUGGUUGCCAUCUCCUUCACGGCGCUCAUCCUGACUGAGCUGCUGAUGGUGGCGCUGACGAUCCGCACUUGGCACUGGCUCAUGGUGGUGGCUGAGUUCUUCAGCCUGGGUUGCUACCUCGCCUCACUCGCCUUCCUCAACGAGUACUUUGGCAUAGGCAGGGUGUCGUUGGGAGCUUUCCUUGACUUGUCCUUCAUCACGACUUGGCCUUUCCUGUGGAAGGUGUCCACCAUCACACUCGUCAGCUGUCUUCCUCUCUACAUAAUCAAAUACCUGAAGCGCAAAUUUUCACCACCAAGCUACUCCAAGCUCUCCUCAUGAGCCAAACUGGGAUUGCAUUUUUGUUAGGUUUGUAGUUCUGUACAGCAAUGAGCUUUGUAAUUUUCGCACUUUUUGUACACACUGGUCCUCAGUGAUGGACAGAGGAAACACUGGAACAAUCAAAAAAAACAAACAAACUGAAAGGAAGUUGUCUUUUUUUCCGGGGGUUUUGCCACUGAUACAUGGAAUUACUUGAAAAGAUUGAGCACAUAAUAAAAGACCGUCAGAGGAGGGGUACAGGCGUGGAAAAGAAGAGGGACGUGGUAUAAGUGACUGCACUUGGAAGGCCCGAAACACUUGACCCCACUUUUUCCCAAAGGGUCGACCUGCCUUCUUUUGUUUUAAAGCAUUUAAAUACAUCAGCUCGUCAUUUUAUACAGUUCAGAUGCAUUACUUUCAGUGUUUAGAUUUUUAUAUGUGGCGUUUGGAAACUUUUUUAUUAUAAGUGUCACCUUUUUUUAUUAAUGGUAUUAAUUACAGUUGCUGGGCGAUGUGUUUGAACAGUGUUGAGCUGCGGUAAGGGAGAAAAGGAUGAUUCGCUGGUUUCUUGUGUUACUGUAAAUAAACUCUUUACAUGCAGCUUUGAUUGUUACUGCUCUUAAUGUAAAACUCGCUGUGUUUCAAUCUCAUACAGACGUGCAUUAACCAAAAAUCUGAAGAUUUAAGAUGACAUUCAAGAGAAAAUGCUGUUUAGGUGUUGAGGGCAGAAGCUUCCUGGGACUGGCUUUGAAGUGAACUUUACAUUUUUAGGACAUCAAUCCGUAGUCUUUGUAGUGUAAAAUCAGAACUCCUGAGUAUUAAAUGUUUCCAUGUUUGGCCUUGAUUGUAUAAUUUCACACUUGUGUGCGUCUGUGGCCGUCAGUCCUCCUGUCAGCGUGGCAGCUCGCUUUGUGCCUCAUUAUGAUGUUCAUGUAUUCAAUCUGCAUCUCAGAGGUUUCGGUUCCUGUUUGGGUUUUUUGCCUCCACAGCCAUAUCUGAACUUGAAUCCUGCUGCUUUUCCUGGAGAACAAGUUUUUUUCAUGAUGGCAAACUAUAAUAAGGGCCCUGAUUAAACUCUGCUGGCUGAAAGCUUUUAGGGCUUUAUUGACAAUUCAACUCUUUUGCUUCUGUUUGAUUUUGACCUGCAGUGGACUUUGACAUUCAUCCCUUUUUAAGGAGGAAUGAGUUUUAUCAUUCGCUCCGUGUACUGUGAGCAUCUGACGAGAUAAUAAAAAGAAGAAAAACAAGGUAAAAGAUGUGGUAAAUGUACAGCUGAGGGAUACAGGUUGCAGUUUAGCUAUGUUUAUUAGUCAGUUUGUCAGAAACAUUACAGAGUUUAAACUCAGUUUAGAAAAACUAAACAAUGUAAUUGACAUAAAUUGAAGUUCAUUAUUCCUAAACGUGGUUUCGAUUGUGGCAGCUGUGCUGUAAAUGUAGCUACACUGAGGGGGCGGUGUUGGGUGUAGUUCUUUGGGGGGAAAAAUACAUUGAUGCAAAUUGCAUUAAAGGUUUGAAUUUGUGAUUUUCAUUCUUACAAGCAGCAGUUCCAGCUGUUGAUUCCUGUUUUCUGUGUUACUUUUCUUAUGAUCUUACUUUCCAUGGCUGACACAGCAAUUUCUAACUGUAUGUCUGUUAUUUAUAAAAACUGGUAUUGAUUAAGGAGUAAUAAAAAGACAUAAUGAAUACUAAAAA